AUGGAAGAUUUUACAAAUAAUAAAAAUAAAAAUAUCGUAGAGGAAGAGAGAGUGGAGGAGCUUGCCAUUGUGUCAGACGUUGACACUUUGGCUUCCAUUGAAUCAGUGGAGAUGGAUGAGAGUCGUACCGAUAUUUCGAGAUGGCUCAAGAGGCCGAGACGUGGGUCACGCUCAGAGUCGGAAACGGGCUCUAGCGGUGAUGGAGAAGGUGACCUAGCGGCUUCGACUGUUAGGUCAAAUACUGCCUCGAAGAGGGGCAGGGGUCGGCCGCCGACGACAGGCAAAUACGUUGGCAUGGCAAAGGCGAGGAAGGAACUGGCAGCAGCCAAAAAAGCUGCCGAAAAAGAGGAACAGCUAACAAAGGAAGAGGCGGCUGUUGCCGAGAAGACACGAAAGGUUAGCGCCAGCAGGAUCUCGAAACUAUCAGAGUCGUCUCUAUCUUCCGUGAUAGAGGUGGAUGACCUACACGCCAGGCAAUUAGACGGUCGGAUCCAAAACGCUGUCGGCGCUAUUAAGGAGGUUGCAAAGCUUUCUAAGGGUUUAAAGGGGACAUCUCAGAAAGCACUAAAAGAGGCAGCGGCAUCUAUAACUGAGGUUGCCCAGGAGCUCUUACAACGGACUUCAAAUGAAGAAGUCCGACGCCUUGAGGCUGCGAACACUCGCCUCGAGGCUGCAAAUACUCGCUUAGAAGCGCAAAUGGCGGAGCUCCUGAAGGAGCUUGGAGAGCUUCGUAAAGAGCUCUUCAACCAGAGAAAAAACGAGGCUGGACCUCCACCUCCAGCACGUUUGUCUUCAUCUGAGGAGUCAAAGGUUAUUCGGCUUCUUAAGACGGAGAUAUCAAGCCUCUCAUCUCGCUUCUCUGUCAUAGAGGGCAGACUAUUACGCCCACCAUUGGCAGCAGAUAGGGUAGUAGUGCCACGGGCCCCAACGCCUCCACUGACCUAUGCAGCGAAUACCGCUGUGACGAAGUUGGAAGCUCCUAUGGAUGACGAAUUGGUGACGGUGACGGCGAAAGCAACACCGUCCCCUCAGGUGGCUCCUGCAGCCAAGAAAACAAAGAAGAAAAAGAAAAAGAAGAAGAAGAAACAAAAUACUCCUGAAGCCAAAAUAACAGCCCCAUCGACUUUGCAGCCAAAAGAUGGUGGUUGGGAGACUGUUGGGACAAAGAAAAUAGCUAAAAAGGCAAACAAAAAGGCGCGAACAGCUGCGGUGCAGUCUGAUAAAAUUAAGAAGCGAAAACUCCGUCCUCCUCGAUCCACGGCAGUAAUGAUUACCCUGCAGCCUGGAGCAGAGGAAAAAGGGCUCUCUUAUGCCUCGAUCUUGACACAGGCCAAGAUCAGCAUAAAACUGGAGGAGUUGGGAAUAGAGGGUAUCCGCUGUCGUGAAACAGUCACAGGUGCUCGCUUGCUGCAAAUUCCUGGCGCCUCCAGUGGUCCUAAGGCCGAUGCUCUAGCAGAGAAACUUCGUACGUCUUUCCCAUCUGAUGAUGUGAAAGUGUCCCGACCGAGCAUUAGAGUAAAUGUCCGGUUAUCGGGUCUAGAUGACUCAGUGACCUUAGAUGAGGUACGUGCUGCAGUUGCACGGUCCGAGCCGGGUGCUCACUCUACACAAAGUCCUCCCCCCACCAUAAUGUACGACACAACCCCCGAAUCUCCGGCCCCUCCUAAUGCGGUCCGGAGGUUGUUUCUGGACACGGAUAAGCAGCCGAAGAAGCAGCGCAUUGCGGCCUCGACAAAUAGUGUCCGGCGCAUUCAAAUCGAACGGCGGGAUCGUGAUCCCUCUGAGCUCGCACCCUCUCCGAAGUCCCCUCAGCCAGCUCGAACAUUCGAGAACCGGACGGUGGAGGCGCGAUACUGGCUGAAACAGGCCAAGUGUCAACUGGGUCUAGCGAGAAAUCUGAAGACAGAGAUCAAGACCCAGGCGACACUAGCCAUUGAGCGCCUCUACCAACUGGUCAAAGAGUCCGAACACCAGCGGCUCCCUGAGGUCGAAGGGGUUGCGAGCUUGGCGGCCCCCGCACCAGAAAAGCCGGGCCAAAUUGCGGGGGACCUCAUGACGAAAAUGGCGGAGCACAGCGAGCUACUGAAAGCAGCCGCUGUGCAAAUUGGGGAAUUGAAAGAGGCCCUAAAUGACCAGCGGAGGAUAAACGCGGCGCCUGUCGCCGAGGGACACAACGGCCAGGAGCUUCUAGCAGAAGUGCAGGAGCUCAAGUCCGCGACCCGGGAGAUCGGGAGACAGGUUUCCGAGAUGAGGGCAGAAGUGCCCUCCUACGCGGAGGUCCUGUCGAAACCGAAGAGUGCAGGGCGGGUUGCGAGACCAAAGCACUCGGUCGUUGUGUCCUCCAGCGACUUGAUUUGA